AGGUUUACAUAUCUGUGCUUUAUAAAGCACAAAAUAGCCUCCUUCCUUGUACACUGCCACUUCCACACCUCCACCACUGUCACUAGCGGCGCCCCUCCCCCAACAAAAUGUCGUCAACAGAGUCCCUCAUCCUCCAACUCCAUGAAAUCUCCGCCGUCAAAUUCGGCAACUUCAAGCUGAAAUCCGGCAUCUUUUCCCCUAUCUACAUAGACCUCCGCCUCAUCGUUUCUUACCCUUCCCUCCUCCGCCAAAUCUCCCACUCCCUCCUGUCAUCACUCCCUCCCCAAACGCCCUUUAACCUCAUCUGUGGCGUCCCUUACACCGCCCUCCCCAUGGCCACAUCUAUCUCACUCGACACCUCCAUCCCCAUGCUCAUGCGCCGCAAAGAAGUCAAAGAUUACGGCACUGCCAAGUCCAUCGAAGGCGUUUACGAGAAGGGCCAGGUUUGUCUGGUGGUGGAAGACCUUGUAACGUCCGGAGCAUCGGUGCUCGAAACGGUGGCGCCUCUUCGAUCGUUGGGUAUCGACGUGACGGACGCCGUCGUGGUCAUUGAUAGAGAGCAAGGCGGAAGGGAAACGUUGGAGCAGAAUGGAAUUAAACUUCAUGCUCUUUUUACUUUGACGGAGAUGGUGAAGGUUUUGAGAGCGAAAGGGAGAUUGGAGGAAGAGAUGGAAAGUUUGGUCAUGAAAUUCUUGAAGGAGAACAAGAAAGUUCCUGUACCUAAGGUUGAGAAAGCGAGGGUUAAGUGUUUGGGGUUUGACGAAAGGGCUAAUUUGGCUAAGAAUCCUACUGGGAAAAACUUGUUUGAGAUUAUGAUUAAGAAAGAGAGUAAUCUCUGUUUGGCUGCUGAUGUUUCCACUGCUGCUGAAUUACUUGAUAUUGCUGAGAAGGUUGGACCUGAAAUCUGCCUGUUGAAGACUCAUGUUGACAUAUUUCCUGAUUUCACUCCUGACUUUGGGUCUAAACUUCGUGCGAUUGCAGAAAAAUAUAACUUUAUGAUAUUCGAAGACCGUAAGUUUGCGGACAUUGGCAAUACAGUGACAAUGCAGUAUGAAGGGGGUAUCUUUAAAAUUUUGGAGUGGGCUGAUAUUGUUAAUGCUCACAUUAUCUCCGGUCCUGGAAUUGUGGAUGGUUUGAAAUUGAAGGGUUUGCCCCGUGGUAGGGGGCUGUUGCUACUCGCCGAAAUGAGCUCUGCUGGUAACCUUGCCACCGGAGACUACACAGCUGCUGCCGUAAAAAUUGCUGAACAGCACUCCGAUUUUGUCAUUGGUUUCAUCUCGGUCAACCCUGCAUCAUGGCCUGGUGCACCGGUUAAUCCAGCUUUCAUUCAGGCAACCCCUGGUGUUCAAAUGGUAAAGGGUGGCGAUAACCUUGGCCAGCAGUACAACACUCCAUAUUCUGUGAUCUUAGAUAGGGUAGCGACAUAAUAAUCGUGGGUCGAGGAAUCAUCAAGGCAGCAAACCCUGCCGAGGCAGCUCGCGAAUACCGCCUUCAAGGAUGGGAGGCAUACAUGGCAAAAUGCACUUAGAGGAUGUUGCAUCCUAAAUGUGUUGGUUUGAAAGUAAUUACAUUUCCCUAAUAAGAUAGGGAGCCAAAUUUUGUUGAAUCUAUGAAUUUGCAUGUUUGGCUCGUUAUAUUUGUAAUCGAUGAUGAGGGAGAUCUUCUAGGAUCCGAUAACUGUUUUAAUCCUUGUUGGCUGAGGCUAUGCAUUUUCCUUUUUGUUUGCCCACUAUAA